UCUUAAUCUAUUGCGUCCGCAUGGUGGAGGUGCCAAUUCCAACCAACGUACAUCCGGGCUUGUUCUGUGCAUUUCUGUAUUUCCCCAUGUUGAGCUCUUCUCCCCUCCCCGACAUCUCCUCCCUCCUCCUAACUGCCGAUGCCUUCAGGUUUGGCGCCUUCACCGACUAGGCUGUCGUUCCUGUAAAUUCGCGGUCCGCCACCCGCGGAUCAUACCUCUCCCCUCUCCUACCGCCGAAGCCAGUUGACAUUCCAUUUCGCGACGCGUCGCCAACUUCCAGUCUCCUCCUCGGGAAGGGGACUCACCUACUCUUUUCGGCGCAGAACAUCGUAUUCGCUCCUGGCUGAUAGCACCCUUCUGCCGCGCCCGCGAUGGAUGACUUUGACCGAGAGUCUAACGCUAGCUCUGAUAACGAGCACGAAGACGAUCUUACCAUCCAUGACGCGGACGCCGAUGCUGAUGUGGACGGCGACGUAGAUGGCGAGGAUGAGAACGAGAACGCAGAUCACGAUGAAGACGAUAACGAGAACGAGAACGACGAAGAGGAGGACGAUGACCCCGACCAGCACGACGACGACGACGACACCCAAGACCAUACUCAACCCAAUGGGCUGGCCAACCCAGCCGUAACCCGGACUUCGGCUACCCCAGGCCCGCUCGCGACGCCUAAGUGGCGGCCCAGAAUCCACCCCGAUGCCCUCGAAGCCGCAACCUACGACAUCGUUCCCACUAUGGCUGCGCCUAUGGCCACGAGCAUCAAUGCCAUGGCUAUUACCCCUGACCUUCGCUACUGGAUGACUGGCGGUAGUGACGGCUACAUCAGGAAAUACGACGGGCCGGCCACCAUCAAUGGCAAGACGCUAUUGACUGUGGCGCAACGGCACCCUUUCGUCGACUCCGUUACGAAAGCCGGCGUUCUCAUGUCGUAUUGGGAGAAUGCCGAGCCCCAGCCUGCCCCGGUACGGCAGGAGGAUCUAGUCCUGAGCCCGGUUUAUAGCUUGGCCGUCCACUCUCAGGCUCUUUGGCUUCUAUCUGGCCUCGAGAGCGGCGGAAUUAAUCUCCAGAGCGUGCGCCACGACGAGGGAAAGAGGAUUACUUGCCUCAAGCAGCACUCGAAUGCCGUUAGCGUCCUGACCCUUUCUCCCGACGAGAAGUCGGUCCUCAGCGGAAGCUGGGACAAAAACAUCUUUGACUGGGAUUUGAAUACCGGCCAGGUAACCCGCCAGUUCGACGGGAGCGGUGGUCAGAUUUCUGCUAUAGAGAUCCGCCCGAUGGGGGGGGCGCCCAUUCCUCCCGAAGCCAGCGAAGAAGACAUACCGAGCGAUACCUUUUUUGGGAACAAUGCUCAUCCAGACAUGGAUGGCGACUUUAAGGCAGAUCCGGACGGUGGAUUCGGCAUGGACCUCAGUAACGGUGCGAAUGGUUUGGGGGCCAAUGGUGUAUCCAGCCAAUUGACCAACGGAAGAGACGGUAUGGCUGGUGGCCAAGGGAGUCCCGGGCAUGACAGUUUAUUUGGCGGGAGCCCGAGUACCUCUCUUUUCGGAGAUAACGAUGGGAUGGGCGCUUUUGCGGGCGACGACGACAAUGAGUUCUCUCGGGCGAUGAUGCAAGAUCCACCACAAGGCGCGGAUGUCACUAUGGGCGACUACGACAUGCCCGGUCCGACUUAUGAACCUGGGUCGGGUCAAGCACCGUCUGUCCAGCCUCCAUCGGACCCUCCCCAACAAGAUUCUACCCUUUUCGGCGACAACGCGCUGAAUUCCUUCGGUAGCGAUACCAAUCUCGACCCCUCAUCUUUCCCGCCUCUGCCGGACUUCCCAGUAUCGACGGCGGGCGAUAACGCAUUCCAGUCCCAGCCAGGAGGCAUAUCACAACCCAUCGACUCCGGAUUUCCUGAGGCGAUACCACAAUCACCAUCCAUGAUCUUCGCCUCUUCCGCACCCUCACACCAGAACAUAACACAGACUUCCGAUAGCACUUUCCUCUCCGCGUCGAUCGACGGGACCCUAAGGGUUUGGGACCGACGAGUGCCCAAUCCUGUAGCGCGUAUUGGCAAUAGACCCGGCGUCCCUCCGUGGUGCAUGGGCGCGUGCUGGAGCCCGGACGGCAACUGGAUCUACGCUGGGCGAAGAAACGGCACCGUCGAGGAAUUCAGUGUGCAAAAGGCUAGGGGAGGGCGCGUGGGUUGGCAGCCGGAGCGGGUUUUGAAGUUUCCCGGGGGCAGCGGUCCGGUCAGCUGCGUUCGGCCUAUGGUCAACGGGCGGCAUCUGAUUUGCGCUUCCCACGAUAUUCUCCGGCUGUACGAUCUUCGCUCGGAGCACUCCUCCAAGCACUCUCCACCGCCAUUUCUCAUAGUACCCGGCCCACCGCGUGCCGGCGUCAUCUCUAGCCUGUACGUUGACCCAUCUAGCCGCUUCAUGUUGUCCGCGGCCGGAAACCGAGGCUGGGAGGGAACAACCACAGAAGUUCUCAUUGGAUACGAAAUCAAUGUACCUCCCCAGUAGUCUACCAGGCGCGUGUGCAAGCUUCAGAUAUGGGAACCUAGGAGCCA